AUGUCUAGACAAAUCCAGGUAUUCGUCGAUUAUCCAAUCUCAGCUGCUUCCAAGUGGGCGGACAGCACUGGAAGGACUUACAGCGAAGUCAAGACCAAGUUCCUUAAAUCCGAUCCUAGCAAGGUUUGCGGCUUCGGUUGCUUCUUGGCGGGAAACGUCAGGUUGGAGAUGUCUAUUGACUGGGAUCCACAAAACGGCUUUCAUGUGGAUGUCCAAAAAGGUAACCAAUACCGCAGCUUUAUUAAGCAAGGAGCUGGACAGAAGAAAGGUGCCGCGGCUGGAGGGGGGAAUGUUUCAGUCUUGGACUGGCGCACCGCUAUCAGCGAUCUGAACAAUUGGUACACAACUGGAAGUGAGAAGCAUAUGGUGGAUGCUUUAGUGUCUGGACAAGUCAUUUGUCAAAAUUAA